AUGUCCACAGAGCUUUUUCAUUCACGACAAUCAGAAUUCAGCAUUUAUUUCAGUUAUCCAUGGAAAUCAAUACAAACUGGAUACAUUAUUCUGACAUGGAUUGUCUUGGGUUUUCAUGUCGAAUUAGUUGGGCCGACAAUACCAACACUAGCAGCAAGUAUUCAUAGUCAUUAUACUGAAAUGGGUGCUUUGACUGCCGUCAGAAGUUUGGGUUAUUUAAUCGCGAAUUGCCUUGGAAUUUUUCUUCAACAUACCGUUGACAACCAUUCAUAUCCUGUUUUGACAUGUGGAUUCAUUUUACCAGCUAUUGUCAUGUUCAGUGUUCCAUUUGUGAAGUCAGUGAUACUUUUGUAUGUUCUUUUUUUCUUUCAAGGAGUAUCCCUGAGCUUAACAGAUAUAGCUGGAACUCAUCUUUUACUCACGAUAUGGGGUAUUGAUUCAGCACCACCGUUAGGCGCUAUGCAUACCGGCUAUGGAAUUGGUGCUCUCCUGGCAAUUCUGCUUGUUCGUCCGUUUCUUAUUGAGACGGGAGCAUCUGUAAACCAUAUGAGCAGUGAAAAGUUCAAUAUCAUUGGUCCAUACUUAAUCGCAGGAAGCUUAUGCACUUUGAUCGCUCUCGGAAAUCUAUUCUUCGCCUUUCGAGAAGCGAAAAAUAAGAGAGAAAGAUUAGAAUUCAAACAGAGUGACUACGGUACACUUACAUCCAAUGGAGGACAAGAUGAAGAAGUCCCAUCUCCGUAUUCUCCUCGAACAUUUGGUUAUGGAGAUUAUCGAUAUGGCUUAACCCUUUGUAUCAUAUUCAUUUGUUACAUGUUUUUCGUCGGUGGAAAUGAUCACACAUUUGGAUUCUUCUUUUUCACUUAUUUAAAACUUGAUAAACUGAACUUAUCGAACAGUGCUGCUAACUGGGGUAAUAUCCUGUUUUGGAUAGCAAAUAUAGUAUGUGUUCGAAAUCGUUUGCGUAACACAAACAACUUCGUCGGUCGAUUACUGGUAUGUGUUUUAGCUAUAUACUUUUCCACAUUUACUCUAUCGAAUAUAGCCUGGUUUGGUAGUUUAUAUGUUGCAGUUCUGUGGCUCCUCUGGAUAUGGAGUAGUGACUGGAUAAUUGCUCAGUUGCUUAUUCUCGGCACCUUUACUGGAUUAGCAAUGGCACCGCUGGUUCAAUUAUCAUUGGCAUUUAUUAACGAACGAUUAAAAGUGACGCCCGUACUUAUCGCUUACGUUUAUUCUGGUUCGGCGCUAGGUGCACUAGUGUUUCACCAAACAACAGGCUAUAUAAUGGAUCACGAUCCAAAUUAUUUCCCGACAUUAUUUUUUAUCUCCACGUUGGCAGCAAUUCUUCUCUAUAUUCUUUCAAAUGGCGUUUACUACUUUCAUCGAAGGAAAAACCUUUCGAAUGCACAAUCUUCUGACACAGCGACCGCAACACUUUUGCCUGAAAAUCUUGAUCGCGAAACGAAAUAA